ACAUGGCGGCGCGCUGAAUGUCACAUUACUGCGCACGCUAACGAUCGUUCCUGCAUGUUUGCGCCGAUUCAUAGCGACCCUGCCGAGGACGAGAGGACAUAGAAACACAUCCGGAGGAGGUUUCACCUGCGCGUCUCGACGUCGGCGAGGCUAUUUGGUGGUGAUAAGUUGCUACGGCGCAUUUUCCUCCCGACGCCUUCAGGCUGCCAACCCACAGCAGCAGCAGCAGCUCGUCGCUGACUCGUCAUAGGCAGUAAAAGUGAAUCAGUUAUAGUGAAUUAAUCUGUCUCAGAACUCUUCAGAUAUGGUGCAUCUCUCGUCACUGCUCUUGAAGAAGUACCACGGGGGCUACGUGGUCAUCAGGUUGGCGCUCGCCGGCCACAAACAAGCCAACAGACCCUUCUAUCGCAUCGUGGCGGCGUACAACAAACGGGCACGAGAUGGCAAAUACAUCGAGCAGCUGGGCACCUAUGACCCCCUCCCCAACAUCCACAACGAGAAACUCGUCAGCUUCAACUACGAAAGAAUCAAGUACUGGAUAGGCUGCGGGGCGCACACCACCAACCCCGUGUCCAAACUGCUAGGGUUGGCGGGGUUCUUCCCUCUGCAUCCCAUGACGGUAACGACGGCGGAGCGACGCAGAGCCCUCACAACGCCAACACACACAGAUCCAGGAGCAGAAACAGAUCCAGGAACAAAAACUACUGAUCCAGGAGCAGAGGGAGCACUGCAGGAGGCGACAAGGCAGCAGGAGGUGUGAGUGGUGCAGCUGGAGGUGUGAGCGGUGCAGCUGGAGGUGUGAGUGGUGUAGCUGGAGGUGUGAGCGGUGCAGCUGGAGGUCUGAGCGGUGCAGCUGGAUGCCUCAGAAAGACAACAGCCAGUCAGAAGAGUCCAGCUGACUCCAUCAGGUCAAAGGAAACCAUGUUGGUUUGGGGCCUCCUGACAGGACGUCUCCCGUUCACAUCUGACUCACGACCUUUUGUCACAAGCUGCCUCCUCUCUCUCUGUACCAUCAUCAUCAUCAUCACUCUUCAUCAUGCCAUCAAAUAAAGGCAAAAUUACCAAAAAUUAUCGUGAACCUUUUGAUUCAUUGGAUGGACUGCUCACCUUCAGCCGGUGGAAACUGCAGGUGGAAUCCUUCCCUCUGUGACCAACACACAACACAACACAACACAACACAAGUUCUUCAGAAAGACCGUCAUGAAUAUUGUAAACGUACAGCAAGUGUUUGUUUGGAUUCAGUAUUUUGUGUGAUUCAAUUAAAGUAGUAUA